AUGGCAAAUAAAAUAUUGUCAAUAGCUGACCUCGAGGAGGCGGCUUCCAACUCACUAUCUGUCUCCGCGAGAGACUUCUUCAACUCUGGCGCAACGAACCAAGUCACACUUCACGACAAUUAUGCUGCUUAUAGAAAGUACCGCCUCUUGCCAAGAGUUCUGAGGGAUGUCUCACUUGUUGAUACUGGAAUUUCCCUCUUUGACCGAGACAUUAAAUUUCCGCUAUGUGUCUCACCUGCCGGAAUGCAGGCCAUGGCUCACCCAGAAGGCGAGCUGGCCACAAGCCGAGCCUGUGCCAAAAUGGGCAUCAAUAUGGGUGUCUCCUCCUAUGCCAACCACUCGGUUGAAGAGAUCACCGUCGCUGGAAAAGAAGUGGGACCAAUUCACCAUGUGAUGCAGCUCUACGCGAUGAACGACAAAGCUAAACAAGAGCGCAUCGUCCGUCGGGCUGAGGCUGCGGGGUGCAAGGCUAUAUUCCUGACUGCAGAUAGUCCCGUACUUGGGGUGCGUUGGAAUGAAUGGCGAAAUGGAUUCAUGCCUCCAGUUGGCUUGGGGUAUCCGAUGUACGAGAGAACAUCUGCCGAGAUUCAACAACAAUCUCACGACGAUGGGUUUAGCUCGACAAACUCGGAUUCCCAUUCCUGGGCCACAGAGAUACCAUGGUUACGUAGAGUGACGAAGAUGGAGAUUUGGAUUAAAGGAGUUCUCACUCCGGAAGAUGUCGAGACUGCUAUUGAAUAUGGCUGCGAUGGUAUUAUCAUCAGCAAUCAUGGUGGUCGGCAGCUGGAUGAGACACCGGCCACAAUCGAUGCACUUCCUGCCUGUGCUAAGGCGGCGCGGGGGCGGAUCAAGAUCCAUAUUGACGGUGGAAUUCGAUCCGGGGUGGACAUUUUCAAAGCCUUGGCUCUUGGUGCUGAGUGCUGCUGGGUUGGUCGUCCUGCACUGUGGGGACUUGCGUAUGACGGUCAACAGGGAGUCGAGCUGAUGCUUAGGAUCUUGUUCGACGACUUCAAGCGAUGUAUGCAGCUUACGGGCUGUAAAUCCAUCUCUGACAUUAGCUCGGCAAGUCUAGCGAUUGUCAAUGCAUAUGGGCCUUUGGCUAGACUGUGA